AGGUGUCCCUUGUCGGAGCCGAGCACCAAACAAAUCGCGGACCUCACCCGCCCUCCCCCCCCCCCUUCCCUCAAAGGUUCUGGCCCGCAGUCGGGCGUUCAGCGCAGUGGAUUGGCCGCACGCACGCGAAGCUUGCCGAAAAUCUCAAGGAAAAACGGUUACGCACCGCGACUGCCACCCGCGAGCAGGUCGGUGGGGCAGCCCGCACCGCCCGAAGCGGCAGGACCCCGGGGUGAGUGAGCGGACGCGCGCAGGAGUGUGUGUUGUGCCGAAGCGAACGUCCGCGACGUCGUCGUCGUCGUCGUAGUCGUCGUUGUCGCGAGCCACCACGGACGGGUCGCUGUGGUUUGCAGGGAAAACAGGCGAGUGCAGUUGCAUGCGUCGCUUCCGGAGGACGGAGGCGCAGUUUCCCCAGAUCAGGCAGUCACGGCGACGACCGGGAUUAGCAGCACGCCGCGUCGGAGAGGUGUGUGUGUGCGUGUGCGUGUAAGAGCGGUGUUUAUUGUUUGUCCGGUAGCGGUGUACGGAGUGCGUGAAGAGGUCCGGAGGUGUCCCAGCGAGUGUCUCCACGAAAGAAGAGGAUCCUGAAGUUGCAAUCAAGUGGUGCAGGUGGUGACAGUGGUGGUAGUGAACAUUCCGACGGCAAGAUCUGACCUCGGUCGGUGGUCCUUCAUCAUCUACACACACACAAACACACACAAACACACACUCUUGCAGCAGACACCCACACAGACCUAGCCCAGCCUCGACUACCCUUGUGUGUGUCAUCGCGUGUAGUUUCCGUGCGUCCCAGUGCGCUCAGGCACUGGUGUGCGAGUGUGUCUGUAUCUGUGUGUGUGUGUGUAUCAAGUGCGUGCGAGUGUCAUCGAAAGAAAAUAAAAAUAAUAAAAAUCGGAACACUGCUCAGACGGCACCGGCAUAGAUGUAGGCAGUCCUCCGUCCCUUCUUCCCUGAACUCCCUGAAUGCACGCUCCUGCCCUGCUCCGGUCGGCCAUACACUGCCGCUCCAGUCAACUCGCACACAAUCAACGCACGGCGGGCAUGCGGAGCUAGAAGAGCAUCCUCUCCUCCUCCCUCUCUCUCUCCCCCCCCCCCCUCUGUUUGGUGUCCUGAGACUGCUUCGUGGGUGUCUGUGGCAGCGCCAUCCUGACGACCCGAGACGACCCCGUCCGGUGCCUGCACCCACAACGAAAACACCACAAAGCCUUGGACGUGCCACCCGCUAAACGUCCCCUCGCUUCCCCGCUCUCCCCCACACCAAGUCGUCGUCGUUGACACGCGGGCCUCCCACCCCCGCACGCACAAGGCACCAGGACGGCGUCGGAUCUGGCGCUAGCGCACCGGGGUCAGCUUUGCACCGCCGGGCUGCUGGAUGCGGCCGGAGUGCCGCCCGGUUACGAGCCCGACCCCCUCGCCGUUAGCCCGGCUAUGCACAGAUCCGCUACCAUGGACUCGAAAGCAACGAUAAACAAGGGCAAUUUUCUCUCACAGCAGGAAGAUUUUCAUCCAUUUAUCGAGGCGCUGCUGCCGUACGUCAAGUCCUUCAGCUACACCUGGUUCAAUCUGCAGGCGGCGAAGCGGCGCUACCUCAAGAAGCACGAGAAAAAGAUGACGCACAACGAGGAGAACAAGUGCAAGCGAGACUUUCAGAACGAAAAUCCCGAAACGAAACAGAAAUGGGCUGCCCGGCUGCUGGGCAAGCUGCGCAAGGACAUCACCCACGAUAGCCGGGAAAACUUUGUGCACUGCAUUUCGAAGAAGAAAACCUCCAUGUGCAUCCUCUCGAACCCGGACCAGAAGGGCAAGAUGCGGCGGAUAGAUUGCCUGCGCCAAGCGGAUAAGGUCUGGCGGCUCGAUCUGGUGAUGGUGAUCCUGUUCAAAGCGAUACCGCUCGAAAGCACCGACGGCGAGCGGCUGGAAAAGGCGUGCUUCUGCACCAGCCCGAGCCUCUGCAUCAACCCGUACCACAUUCAAGUAUUAAUCAAGGAGCUCGACCUCUACCUGGCCAACUUUAUCAAGUGUUUCAGCGACGAGGAAAACCAAAGCGAAAAAUCGCACAACAGCUCGCGGAAGUUCUCCAAAACCACCUCCAGCAACAAGGUGUUCAGCUACGACUUUAUCGCACCGACCGGCGUCUUUACCUCGUCCGAGCUGUGGAGCAUUACGCAGGGUAGGUUAUCUAUCUUAGCUCACAUCACUACACCCUAGCCUAGAUCCGACCGUUGUGAUUCUGUGAUUCUGUACCGACUCUGACACACGCUGAGCAUAGCGAAAGGUUGUGUCACAAUCAUAUUGUCUUGUUGGGGCUUUUUAGGAGGGACUUUUUCUUUGCAGAGACCUUUUUUUUCUUCACAGCACACCAACACCUUCAGCCCGAGAUCCAGAUGACCGGAUGACUUCAAGAGUCAUCGAGGAUCGCUUAGAUCUUCCAGCAGAACAUUCACACUGUUUUGGCACUAUCUAACGUAUUGUUUUGUUUGUCACUUUCCUUUGCAAUGGCACCGAGUCCGACAGUCUGGAGCCAUGUUUUGGAGCCCCCCGGGAGAGGUCUGUUCCGUGGAGAACUGGUAGCUUGGAAGAAUCUGAUGUCUCUAGAAUGUCACACACUACUUACCGACGUUUCAAUGAAUUGGAUGAAUUGUUUCAAAAUUUGAAAAAUAAAGAGAUGAAAUUAGAUAAGAA